UUAAUGUCUCAUCCAAAGGACGGCACCUCCGACAAUGCAGCGCUCUCCCAGUAUUCCAUUGGAAUAUCAUCUUAGAUUAUGUAAUUCAAAUCCCAAUGUGGGUCUUGAACCCAGAACCUUCUGACUCAGACGCAAGAGCGCCGUCACUUGAAUCAGGCUAACAACUAAAUACAAAUUUGUCCACGGUUGGGUUUUACUCGGAAGCCUUCAAACUGACCCCAUAAAUUCCAGUUUUCCCAGAAGCACUGAAGUGACCUGCAGCACCCAAGUAAGAUCAGUCACUCAGGUUUUAACCUGUACCGUCGCAGCCUCCUGCCGUGAGUGCUUCCUGCAGAGCAGGUGGGAUGGUAAUUGGGCUAAUCUGAAAACUGGGUUUGUGUUUCUCCUUUAUGGCCUUUCAAAUUCACCUUUGUUUCUUAUUUAUUUUACCUUUAUUUUCCUGAGGAAAUUAAGUGAGGUAGUGAAGUCCGGCCCGCACAAUGAAUACCUUUGGAUUUACAGCUUUUCUUUGAAACCUGACAUUAUGGAUUCAAUUUGGGUUCCAGUUGUAGUGUUAGAGUUUCUCUUUGUUGUAUUUGAAGGUGGGGCCCACCAAUGGCUGGGCAGGGUCAGGGCAUGAGGCAGGCUGAAGGUGACAGUGGUUAGGGAAAUAGGAGGAAGAGAUCACAGAGGUAGGAUUUUGCAAACCAAUGAAGAAACCCAAAGACUUGAGAUGACAGACACUCAGGUCUACCAGGAAGUAAACCCAGUCUUUCUGCAGCAAUUGGUGGACUUGGGAAUCCCGGAAAAGAAUGCCAGGGAGGCCCUUAUUGUCACUGAAAAUCAGUCCAGUGAUGCGGCUGCUCUUUAUUAUUUCAAUGAGGCCCAGAUGCCAACUGAGCAUUGCUCCCAGAGCUGCAAGAUGGUGUUUGUGGUGAACACAGAGUUGUGUAUGGGUGCUGGAAAGAUGGCAGCUCAGGUCGCUCACGCUGCGGUGGGGCUGUACCAGACGAUGACUGACGAGGCAGCCUUCUGGCGACUGAUGCUGAACAAGUGGGACGAGGAAGGGGCUAAGAAGAUUGUACUGAAGGGACGGAACUAUAAACACAUCCUUGAGUUACAAGAAAAGGCUGCCAGGCUGGGGCUGCCCCAAUACCUGGUUCAGGAUGCAGGUAGAACCCAGGUUGCAGCUGGAUCAUGCACUGUGCUGUCAAUCAUGGGUGAGGAGGUAAAUGUCAAUCAAGUGACUGGAGAUCUACAGCUCUUAUGAUGUAAAUGACUGAGGAAUCGCAGGAGGUUGUAAUGAAACAGCAGAGAUGUUUACCAUGUGCUGUACCCAGGCUCUGCAAAUAGAUAAACCAACUGCCAUUUUCCCAAGCAAUUUAAUUUCUGAUUCCUUGAGUUUUAGUACUUUUAUCCUCGGUUGGACAUUUUAGAAGCUCAAUCAGUAUAAUAUCUUUCCUAACUUGGUAUUUGAUCUGGGUGAGCCAUCACUAUUUGACUGGCUGUUAAACAGCAGCCUAUAUAGAAUGAAGGAGUCACAUCUGAGAAGACUGAGUUAUAUCUGCAGUCAAUAGUGCAGUCACUAGUGUCAGAUUAAUGGGCAGGCUGUCAUUCUGAAAGAUUGUUAAGAUCAACCGACCAUAUUUGUCAGUUAGACUUAAUUUAGUGGUGGAUGCACGAUAGUGAAUGGGUUGAGCGAUGGUGAGGGAUAAGCUGGGCCAAUAGAAAAGUCUGUCCCCACUUUUUUCCGCAAAGCCCUCUAAAAAUGUAGUUUCUGGCCCGCGGGCCUCGCGCUGUUUACCUGGCGUCACUGUGGAUAGGGCGGUUCUGGAUCCGCGAUGCGGUACAUGCGGGAAAUGGAUUUCACUCGGGAGACCUCGCUGUUGUGAUUGCAUGUCUGUGUGUGAGUGUCUGUGUUUCUCUGUGUUUGUAUGUGCCUCUUAUAUUUGUGUGUGUGGGUCUCUCAGUGUCCUCAUGUUUAGUUUUUAUCAAUAAAGUGAAAAAAUAUACAUUGGCAGUAAAAUGUACCUCAAUAGCAUCAAUGCCCCCCCACGAUUUUCCACGCACAACAAAAAUUUCCAAGCAAAACCCGCAAAUUUUCCGCUCAUUUUUGGGGCCAAAUAUUUCCGCCCUUUUCUAUUAGCCCAGGGAAUAGGAUAUAGAGGGGAGAGAGAUUUUCUUUCCUUCCAGUAAGUGCUCCAUGGUCCAAGCAAACAGUGCAGUAUCUAUCUGUAUAUUGAGGUGCUCUAUGAAUUAGUCAAUACCUGUGUGUUAUCUGAUCAGGUAUAAAGUCAUGAAAAUUCAUCCAUGACUCAUUGAGCAAAGUUGCCAGGACAUCUCCAGAAAUGCGCAGGACCCCAAAUUGGGAGGAAUGUUGCAUUAAACAGGUAAUAGUUAAUAAGAUUCAGUACAAAGGAGCAUGGUUAGGACUUAUUGUUUGAAAUUACAUGUUUAUUUUUGGGAGGAACUAUACUGCCAUGAAAUAAAGCACUCUGUUCUUUGA